AUGGGGAAGCGCAAGUUGGGCGCAUUGGAGAAGGUCGAUGCUGACCUAACAAAUCUCCAAUACAAAAUUCGACGAGACCCAAAGUCUUACGUCGAAGAUUUCCGAAGCCAGCACCUUCAAUAUGAAAACCACCGUGAAAUUUUCAUGGCUGCGCCGUCUGCUGCCACUGAUACCGGAAUAAUAUCUCUGAUUGACUUGAUUGAUUUUGUGGCGCAUAUUUCGGAUUGCUAUCCAGAAAUCACGAAGGAUUUUCCACAAGAAUUGAUUGAGAUGCUUUCACUGCACCAUGCAGUCUUGAGUCCGGAUUUACGGGAGAAAAUUGUUGGGAGCUUGGUGCUUUUGAAGCGGAAAGAGAUAAUUGACUCAUCGACGCUUCUGCAGACUCUGUUCCCAAUUCUGGUCUCAACACCAAGCAAAACGCUACGAGCAUUCCUGUUCCAGAAAAUAGUUUCAGAUUUGCGCUCAGCAAAUGCGAAGACUACAAACCACAAACUAAAUAGGACUAUCCAGACCGUGCUCUUCAACUUGGUCACUUCCGACAGGUCCUCAUCAAAGGCUCUGUGGUCUGUAAAAAUCACUCGAGAGCUAUGGAAACGCCAAAUAUGGACCGAAUCAAAAGCUGUGGAGAUUAUGAAAGAAGCUGCCCUGGCUGAUAACGAAAAGGUCAUCAUUGGCGGUGUUCGUUUCUUCCUGGGCGGUGAUAAAGAGAGAGAGGAGCUUGAAGACGAGAGCAGUGAUGAGGAUGUAGUGGACGUCAGUAGGGUAAAACAUCAAGCUACCAUCAAUAAGGGGUCAAAGAAGAGAGCAAAAGCUAUUGAAAAAGCGAAGGCAAUCGUGAAAAAGAAGGAGAAGAAGAAGAACCAGCCUCACCCAUUAAAUUUCUCCGCCUUACAUCUUCUACACGACCCCCAAGGGUUCGCAGAGAACUUGUUCCAGAAGCACCUACAAAAUACCAAGGCUAAACUGAACCUUGAACAAAAGCUACUGGUUCUGCAGCUUGUCUCUCGACUUGUUGGCCUACACAAACUUACCAUCAUCCAACUAUACUCCUAUUUCCUAAAGUAUCUUACUCCAAAACAACCCUCCGUCACAUCGUUCUUGGCCUCACUUGCUCAAUCCUGCCAUUCUCUCGUUCCUCCAGAUACCCUCGAGCCCUUGAUCCAAAAGAUUGCAAAUGAGUUCGUCUCUGAGGGAUCUGCUGCCGAGGUUGCAUCAGCUGGACUAAAUGCCAUCAGAGAAAUAUGUGUUCGACAGCCUCUGGCGAUGAAUGAUACCCUUCUACAGGAUCUUGUGAUGUAUAGAAAGAGUAAAGACAAGGGCGUCAUGAUGGCUGCCAAAGGACUGCUGAGCUUAUAUCGAGAAGUUGGCGCAGAGAAGCUGAAGAGGAGAGAUCGCGGCAAAGAUGCAGCUAUGGGCUUGAAGGUUGGGGAGAGAAAGUCACAGCGAUACGGAGAGGAGGAAGUUGGUGAGAUAGAAGGCCUCGAAUUGCUUGAAAAAUGGAAAGAGGAAGAGAGAAGAAAGAACAGGAGAGAACAGGGUCUUCCGUCUGAUGGGGAGACCGACGAAGACGAAGAGAAUGAAAAUGACUGGGCAGCGUGGAACAUGGAGGAGGACGACAGCGACGACUCUGGAGGCUGGAUUGAUGUCCAGAGUGACGUUGAUAUUGUGUUCAGUGACUCGGAAGACGAAGGCCCAACCGCCAAGAAGGCCAAAACUGAUGAUGACAAUGAUGCUACAAAAACUGAGGGCGAAAAGGCUGCGGAAGAGACCGAGACAAAGAAGGUAUCACGUCUCGCAACGAGCCGGAUCCUCACGCCUGCCGAUCUGGCAAAGCUUGCCGAGCUACGAGCUGCCGCCAGCGUCAAUGCCUUGCUGCCCGAGAACAAGCGCAAGAGGCUACUACAGCAAGCUGCUACGAACAGACACGCUGACGAUCCUCUGACUGCCGCAGAGAUUGAAGGUCUCGCUGCUCUCUCGGCUGGUAAGCAGACUCGGUUAGAGAAAAUCGCCCAUGUCAACGAGACCAAGACGGAUCGCUCGGAGUUCAAGAGCAAGCUCGCUCGUAAGAAGGAGACCAAGGACAAACUGGGCAAGAGUUCGACAAACAAAGAGAAGGCCAGAAAGAAGAAUUUCCUGAUGACCCUUGGCAAGGCAAAGGCGAAGGGGAAGCGAAGUCUUGUCGAGACGCGAGCCACGCUGAGAGCGCAUAAUGAAAGGAACAAAAGGGGAGGGAAACGAGGAAACCAGGGGUAA